AUGUUCUCCCAGACUCAGCUGAUCUGGUUACUGGCGCUGUGGAUUCCGGGCUCCUAUGGGCAGGUCACAAUGACUCAGUCUCCAGAAUCCCUCUCAGUGUCUCCGGGACAAAAAGUCACCAUCAGAUGUACAGCCAGUUCUAGCCUUGACAGCGACUAUAUCUCCUGGUAUCAACAGAAACCCGGACAAGCUCCUAAGCUCCUUAUCUAUUGGGGCUCUACACUUGCCUCUGGAGUUCCAGCCCGGUUCAGUGGCAGUGGGUCUGGCACCGAUUACACUCUCACAAUCAGCAGCGUUGAAGCCGAUGAUGCAGGAGAUUACUAUUGUCUGCAGGCUGAGAGUUGGAUAUUAGGAAAAACUUUUUCACUAGGAGGCACAAAACUAAAAAUGUACAACUCCAGUGGGCAGAUUGUGCUGACUCAGACUCCAGAAUCCCUGGCAGUGUCUCCUGGUGACAGAGUCACCAUCAACUGCAAAGCCAGUUCCAGUGCUAGCAGCUGGAUGGCCUGGUACCAACAAAAAUCAGGACAAGCUCCUAAGCUUCUUAUCUAUGCUGCUACCUCCCGUUACACUGGGGUCCCAGACCGGUUCAGUGGCAGUGGGUCUGGCACUGAUUUUACAUUCACAAUCAGCCGGGUUGAAGCAGAUGAUGCUGGAGAUUAUUACUGCCAGCAGUAUAACAGUGACCCUCUCACACAAGUAAAAGACACUAUCUCAUCCAGCGUCUUCUCUCAAAGCUCCUCCCUGGUAUUAACAUCUGCUCAUUUACAUAACUGGGCUCUUUUUGCAUAUUCACACAUGGCUGAUGGUCCCUCACUGAGCUGCUGA